GUAGAUACCUAAAGGGAGAGCAGUUUAAGACAAAAUUUCCAAAACAUAGGGUUUUCGCAGUUAUUAUAUCCGUUCUGAUAAAGAUCAAUCUGCUUGGAUUCGAGAGUCAUCUAAGUUUUACGUUUCGAAAGUCGAACUACCUUCCAAUUUGUUUGUUGACAUUGUUAUUUCUGUUAGCGAGUAGGCCACACGAAUCAAGGUCACUAUUUGUUUACUUCCUCUUUAUCGAAGAGCUUCCAAAUGUUUCGGCAUUGUUCCAAAUGGACCGUUAAUCAUUUGCCAGCAACAAUUUGAUUUUAAUUCUGCUGGUCUAUAAUCGUAGAACAAUCCCUCUAAAAAUGUUCUAAUAUUUUUAAUCAUACAAUAUAUUACUUUUCUCGAUUUAUUUAGAGAAGUAGGACACAGAAUUACAAAUCCUGUCAGGUCAUGUAUUUGAAAGUCAGCAAAGAGGGAAGUCGUCAUGUUUACCCCUCCACAUAAUUUUCUUUGUCGUUUUAAUACUUGAAUUCCAUAAUAACAUUGAUUAUACUGUAUUGCCCCUAACACUCUCCCUUUAAGAAUUAAUUUUUGCGUGUAAAUAAUAGGGCACUGGUUAUUUUGCGAUCUUUUGACGACGACUUUCCGGAAAAAAUAUUUGUUCACAAUCACAGUUCGGUCAUUUUUCCUAGCAAUAAUUUCCACCUUUCAAUUUGAAAUUACGGGUGACUUGAUGAAUUAAUAAUUUUUCUCUUAUUGUUCAAAAUGCUGGCUUAAUUUUAAUUUCAAUACUCCGGACUUUCUAAUAAUUACUCUAGUCAAAAGACUGGCAGAGGGAGUUCACAUAAUGUUGGCUGAAGUAUCUCCCGCUGGAACUGAUUUCUAUAGAGGGCUUUGUCUGUAGGAACAAUAUAUAUCAUGCGUAAUGCCCUGGUUGAUUUGUAGCCAAUGGAACUAUAACUAUCAAAGACGUGAAAUUUACUGUGGAGAAGGCUUGUCCCGCUGUUUUUUCACCUUGAUCAAUAACACGAAAGUGGAACGGGAUUAGACUGUCGGCAGCGAUCUUGUUUCAGUUUUUUUCGACAUUCGGGAAGUGCUUUUUGCAAUUUAUUUACAAGGAAGCAGAUUUGCAAAGGACACGAACAGAAUCUUCUGUUGUGUCAAUAAGGCCAUCAAAACCUUCGCUUAUGGAUGCAACUUUCUUUGCAAGGCAGUUUCAAAUAUAGUCCUGUUCAAUAUUUCAACGGCAUGGAGCGUAUUCGCAUGAAAAUUCCGCAAAUCUGGUUGGUUCCAAACAAGCCUAAACGAGACCGGUCGCUUAGUGAUCACGAUUUAAAUGUGUUAUGUGACGAAGACGAAGAUGAUGUUAUUUCAAAACUAUGGUCAAAAGAUGAGGCUGAAGACGGAGCAAUAUUUUCGGCAACACUAAAGAAAGUACGCUAUCGCUCAAGUGUUGGAUCAAGUGCAGACAAUGAUGUCUCUUGUCUUCUGUGGGAAACAUUGAAAAUAAGAGUUUUGAAAGCUGGAACUUUGUCCAAGAUUAUUGAGCACUUGACUCCAUCAAAUGAAAGUGUUUCAGAAGACGACCCAGGCUUCUUCGUUUGCUUUCUUUGCACAUACAAGACAUUUGCCUCAACCCAAGAAGUUGUUGAUUUGUUAGUUCAUAGGUAUAGGACAAUCAAAGAACAGUUUAAUAAUGGCGAAAUUAGUGAAAAACAUGCAAAUCAUGUUUUCAGUGCAGUUCUCAGAGUUCUCUCAGUCUGGCUUGAUCAUUAUCCAGCUGACUUUGAUGAGCCACCGAGUUACCAAUCUCUUGAAACGAUUAUUAACUUCCUGCAAAAUGAUGUAAACACCAGUGGAAUGGUAGAUAAAGUAAAAGAAAUGAAGGAUAAAUUAUGUGUUAGUCCAUUUGAUUACGAAGAUCCAUUUGGAUUUAAAUUUUGUAACUGCGAUACACCAGUUGGAUGCAAAUGUGGUGUAGUUGGUAGCCCUUCAUUCAGAGGUGAACUGAAUAAUUUACAUGAAGAUACAAACAUAACAUCAUUCUCUACAUCUUUGGUUGCUGAGCAGCUUACACUUAUCGACGCAGAGUUGUUUCGAAGAGUCAUACCACGGCAUUGCUUAGCAUGCUAUUGGUCGAAGAGAGACCAGUUGCAGGGAACGAAAGCCCCAAUUACUAUUAAGGCCACAGUAGACAACUUUAAUGCUGUUGUUAUGGCAGUAACCACGUCAAUACUAGAUGCAGUUGGUGUCAAAACAAAGUUAAAAGAUGCACAUGCAAGAGUUAAAGUUAUUUCUACUUGGAUCGAAAUAGCACGGGAAUGUCGGAACUUGAAAAAUUUCUCAGCAUUAAAAGCAAUUCUUUCUGGAUUGCAAAGCACACCCAUUCAUCGGUUGAAGAAAACGUGGCCUCUCCUGCCCAAGGAAAAUCAGUCUUUGUAUGAAGAGCUUUCGGAGAUAUUUUCUGAUGAUUUGAAUUCAAAAGCAAGCAGGGACCUUCUUAUGCAGGAAGGAACUGCAAAAUAUGCAACUAUCGAUGGAAGGUCUGGUCGAAAAUCCUUGAAGAAACGAGCAUCUUGGAUUCGUGAGGGAGUUGUUCAAGGAACUGUGCCAUACCUUGGAACAUUUCUAACAGAUUUGACCAUGAUCGAUUCUGCUAACCCAAAUAAAUUAGAGAAUGGAUACAUAAAUUUCAACAAACGGAGAAAGGAAUUCGAGGUGAUUGCACAAAUAAAACUUCUACAAGAGGCGGCAAAAAAUUACCAGCUUAAUAAAGAUCCGGAUUUUCUAACUUGGUUUCGAUCGAUAAAACCGUACUCAGAGAAGGAAAGCUAUAAAAAGUCAUGCGAACUUGAACCUAACGACAGAGCAACCACCCCACAAGCACAAAGGAAAAUUUCGAAUUUGCAGAAACAUGCGAGCGUUCCGGACCUAUUUAGCAAAGUUUUCGAUGAUGAAGAUGGCAAAGUUUUGCAGAAAUUUUCGACCCUGUUAAGCAGAAAAAUUUCGAAAACUCUCUCACCAAACGGUACACCAGAACACUCCCCCACUAAUUUGGGGAAACUUUCUCCGGAAGACAAAAGGGUUUUUCAAGAUGAAGAAAAAGAAGUAGCGCGGAUUAUGAUUGAAGGUUGUCACGAACAUGUUUAUAAAAGCGUUUGGGUAUCUUCGAAUGAUAGAACGCAUGAUAUCAUCAAAAAGGGUCUGGAAAAGUACAACAUCAAAUGCGAUGCUCAAGAUUAUCAUCUUUACCAAGUUAUCCCGGGUUCAAAAGAUCUGCAUUUACCGCACAACACGAACAUUUUCUAUGCAGUGAACAAGAGCGUUGAGCUGAAAUUUCGUCUAAAGAAGAAGAGAAAAGAAUCAUUACACAGGAGGUAGCAUAAAAGGUCUCAGUGAUAUUCAGAGCUAUGCUCUGUUGACUUUGAAAUAGUGAAUUUAAAAGGGUAUUUUUGUUAGUUUGUAAUUUAAAGGGGGUUUACUUAGCUAUCUGAUUCUAAUUCUGCAUCGGUACUUGUACUUAAAAAAGUGCACAACUGACAAAAGUCCUCGUCAAGGACAACUGAUAGUCUUCGAUAUUCUGAAGUACUUAUAAGUGCCUUUUACACUAUUUUAGUACCUAGAAAUAUCAGCCAUAAAGUCUUACAGCAUUUUUGCAUUAAUAAAAUGCCACUAUUAGUCUAGAUAUUACUACCCAAACAUUAAGGUUAUUCGCAGGUCGAAUCGUGGAACCUGACUCGAUUACUGUCCUAAGGGUUCAUUUAUAAUUUGGCUACUUCAAACUGGGGUUUUUUAAUUUCAAAGCACCUGCGCAGGAUGCCAAAAUAAUACUUUGACCAUAUCCAGUGUAGAUUUAAAGGGUUUUAAUGACUUUAAAGAAUGUUUUUCUGAAGCUGCCAUUAUGUAAAUUUGAUACAUAGAUAGCCUCCCAUACAGGGUGACGCGAGUAAAUCCUCAGAGAGAGAGACAUUAUCAAGAGGGUUUUGGCAAUAGUCUUUUCGUUACCGUCUUGAGUCAUUUGAGUCAUAUGCUGGCAAUCUUUCGAUAGAUUUCUAGUUUAACGUUUAACGGCAAUAUUCAUUUUGUGAGGAUAUUUAAACUGUGAAAAAACUGAUAUAGGAAUAAGGUUUUUGUGGGUCUCUUUUAAUGUAUUUUGAUACUAACUACAUAAAAUCCAUUAACGGCAAUAUUCAUUUUGUGAGGAUAUUUAAACUGUGAACAAACUGAUAUAGGAAUAAGGUUUUUGUGGGUCUCUUUUAAUGUAUUUUGAUACUAACUACAUAAAAUCCAAACAAGCAUUUCUUGGUUCCAUGUACAAUUUUUUUACUGGCUGAGUAUAAGCUCAGCCGCUCUCUAAGCUCAGCCGCUCUCUAAACUGAAUUACUAGGGAAGCGGCGAGAUUGGCUUCUUUUACAGCGUUAAAUUUAAAUCGAUCUUACAAGAUCCAUAAUAAGCAAAAGAGAAAAAUCAAAAUAGAUUCAGCCAAACUGUGUACAUAACAUAAAUAUUUCGAAAUUUUAAUUUAAUUGAUAAGAACUUACAUCAUCAUUUAGAACAAAAUGAAUUUUUUUCUGUGAAAAGUUUUGUAAAUUUCUGAUGAUCGCUUACUCGAAUUGUUUCUUAUAUUUUAAGAUUAAUGUAUUAAAGUCUAUUUUCUUAGAUUUUAGAGGAUGUUUUUCAAAGAGAAGAAUUUUGUCAUUCUUUUUUCUAAAUUUCUUUUAUCAUCUCGAUCCCGAAGGACUUUGGAAAGAUGCUGAGUGAAGAAAAUAUGGUUUCUGGCAAAAGUUUUGAACCUUUAAAUUUACAAGGGGCGAGCAUGAGAUAAUGGUCAGAAGAUUAAAUAACUGCCUUUUUUGAAAUGAAUAGUAAUAAUAUUUUUGAAAUGAAUAGCAAGGUUUAAUUCAUGCCAAAAUUGCAUUUAGAGAGGGUAGCAAAAUGGGGGGGGGGGCAGAAUCAUGAAUUCAAAGAAAUCCUUUGAGUUCAACAUUUCAAGUUUGACAAUUAACCUGUCUUGUUUCAAUAAAUGUUUUGAAGAGUAAACGAAAUCGACCACGUUUAACGAAAUAUUUUUUACCAUCCUGUUUAUAAUCACAUUGCGAUAAACAAUCAUUACACAGCUUCAAACUCUCUUUAAGUCGUAGUUAUUGAAACCUUUUGAAAUUGAAAGUUGGUAAUGCCCUUCUUUCAAUGUUUCAUAGUAUAUUAGAUGUUGAUAGAAAUAAUAAAUCAAAUAUUGGAAACAUUCAUUCAAAAAAUCAGCAUGGUGUUUAGUUUACCCUAAUUUUUCAAGUGCAUUCUCUUUCAUGCAUAUUUUCUAUCCUCGUUCUUUGAUUGUUGGAGCUCAAUCAUAAUAGAAAAUUAUAUUCUAGGCAAAGCAUAUAUUCUAGGCUCAAUCAUAAUAUAAUAAUGACAUAUAACUUCUAUUGACUAGAAAAUUCAACUCACUUAUCGCGUUCUUCCACCCUUUUGAAAACAUUUAGAAAGAAGUAAAACACUUAGAACUUUGAUGAAAGGGUUGAAAUUUGGCUGGCUUUUCAUAUAAUUUCAGAACAGGACCAUCUCAAUUGCCUCUGAACAGCAAAGCUGCUUGACUAUAUUCGUCCACGUUUCUGAUUUUGAACAUAGUAACUUUGGAUUGCUUAUCAACCAGUCGAUGAUGCUGGUCUCUGAAGGAGAGAUAGACCUAACCAGCUUGCUCUUCGCUGGAAAGCGGGCAUAAUUUACCUCGUUGGCUGGCCAAAAUUCAAAUUUCUUUCUUUCUGACUUUAAUAAAUAAUUGCUUUGCAUAACCUUCACUUUUAGCGUUAACUUCAACUGUUGAAAAACUUGAAUCUCACCUUUAAUGUAAGGCAGACAAAAAGAAUUGCGAUUCAUUGUCACUCUGGCAACAAAGAAUCUUGCCGCCCGAUGCUCAAGUUGAAAUGUCCAAAAUCCAUGCAAUAUACUACAGAUGUCUUCGCACUUGAAGCCACUUACCAUUUGAUCUCAGUAUAUAUUUUAAGUCAACAUCAAACACUAGAAACAGUAAGCAGACGCCCAUAACUCUACUUGUGGUGCUGGGAUGUUGACGUCAGCAUUGUUUGGCGGGAGAGUCGUGAAAACGAGGUUUGCUCUAUUCAGUUAAAAUACUUCGUGUUUCGUCCCAAUACUAUACUGUAAUGAAGUGACACUAAUAAAUAAGUAGCAGUAGUUAUUACAUAAAUCGUUAUCAAAAUCCCACAAGCAAAGGGACUGCUGUAAAACUGAACUUACAUAUUUAAAAUUGAUCCAAAAAAAGUUCAUGUUAUCUUUUUUGUGGUACCUAGUUAGGUUGUCUUGUUUGCUUUCCUCAAACAAGUAAAAUAUUAUCAUUUUUUGUAAAAUUCAGGAAGUAAACAGAUGCUGGAGCUUGCUAGACUGAAUGUCAAUGCAAUAUGUUUCCUUUUACAUUGAUACAUUUUGACUAAAAAACAGCACAGUUUUGUCACUUACUGAUAAACUCAAAUUCAAAUGGAAUAAAGGUAUCAGCUCACCUACCAUAGAAGCAAGGUUACAAAGAAAGUGUCUCUGUUAAUCAUGAAGAACAGUGUUCAUAAUAAAAUUCAGCAACUACAAAUGUGGUCUUCAGUUAAGGAAAAAAUAAUCAGCUACAAAUAAUCAGGAAAGUUUGUUCAUGCAAGUCCUUCGUAGUCUUUCAAGGCUGUGGGGUAACACGGAUGUACUCCUUUCCAGAUGGGACAGAUUUCACUUCAUGUUUUGGAAAGAGCUUAGCUGCAUCAUCCUUUGAGAUUGAAGGAACAACCAUACAGCUUCCUCCAUUCUGAAAAGCAAACCCUUAUUUGUCAAUUGGUUAAUAAAAACAUAAAAAAGUAAGACAUUUUAUUGAGAAGUUAACCCUUUAAAGCAAAACAAGGCUUGGUGAGGAUCUGACUUCUCAAUAGUGUAGAUCUUUCUUAUUGGUGUUGUGUUGCUGACCUAUACAUAAUUUACAGAAAUUCCUUUGACAUUUAUUUUAAGAGAUGGAGGUAUUAUCACUGAUCCCCUGAGACAUAUCUGAAACACCAGAAACUCUUUCAGUGCUCACCCUUUUUAACCCUUUCAUAAACUCUGUCUCGCAGCUCAUUCCUUGCCAAAGCUUUGGAAUGCUUUAACCUCUUCUUGCUUCCCAGACUCUUAUAACCUGUCUUCUUUCAAAAAUGAUAACAACAAAGUAAAACCCUCUCUUGUGAAAAUCUCCCUCCUUUCCCUUGUUUGGGCUUAGUUAAAUUUAACAAGAAAAAUUACCAACAUAACCUCUUUCUAACAUAACCAACAAGAAAAAUAGCAAGAAGACAAACAAACCAGUAUUUUUUAGGAAACAAACAUAAAAUAAAUAGAAGUUGUUACCUGCCAAUCAACUGGGGUAGCAACUUUCUUUUGAGCAGUCAAAUGAAGGGAAUCAAUAACUCGCAAAACCUCACUGAAAAAUGUAAAGAAAUUAAGAUUAAAUGAUGGGAUUUUUUAAUAGAUAAUCUUGGGUAAUAUAAUCAUGAUAAAAAUCACAGAAUUUCAAAUGCCUGAUCAGAAGUAGCUUGCUACACUUUGAACUUUGAGCAACCUGCAUUUUCCAACUUUUUUUGACUACUAAUUCAACUAUAUCUUAUUGCAUUGAGCCAUACAUAUUUUCUAGUACUGCUAAAGUAGCAACUGAGUACUGCUAAAGAGCUAAAGGUACUUGAUUUGUCAAGCACCUGCUGAAUUGUUUAUCACAAGGCCUGUUCUGCAAUGUAUAGAUGAAAAUAAGUUUCUAUUGACUCACGAAAAGUUUCUUCCUGUCGUUGCUGGAUACAAAAUUGAAAGUUUCACUUUCUUAUCAGGGCCAACAAUGAAUACCUACAAUGAAUAACACAAGCAAUUGAAAAAAUUGAAAUAAAUUUAUGCUUUCAAUCGAACACAAAGUGAUAGUUAAAUUAUAAACUUGCACUGAAUGGAAGACAGUUUCAAUCAUCAUACCAUAAAAAAUUGAUUGGCAAAUUUAGUUAGAACAAUUGUUUUUCUCAACUUACAGCUCUGCAUGUUAAUGGGAGUCCCUUUUUGUCUUUCUCAUCAGCAUCCAUCAUCCCAAGCUUCAUGGCCAGAUCACGAUUUGGAUCUGCAAUAAUUGGAUAAGAAAAAGUCUGGAGGCCAUUGUAUGCUUUGAUGUCUUCAAUCCAACCCUUGUGGUCUUCAACACUGUCACAUGACAGUGCAAUUAGCUUCAUGCCACGCUUGGCAAACUCAGAUGAUAACUGUUCCACUCUUCCAAGCUCAGUUGUACAUACAGGUGUAUAGUCAGCUGGAUGAGAGAAGAGCACUCCCCAACUACAAAGUAAAAGAUGCACUUGAAAUUGCAAAAGGACAGUCUGUGCGCUGUAGCAUGGAGUAAGAAAGGUGCAGAAGGGAAACUCCUUUCAUAAGAAUUCAAAUGUAUUUUGCAAGCACAUGUGUGAAUGUAUUUGAGGCUAACAAAGUAUGUCAUCAACGAGAGUGCUUGCUCAAGGCAAAUUUAUAACGAAAAUGACCAAAAAUGCCUUUACUCACAGAUUGCAGCAAACCAAUUGCUGUUUGCCCUGCAAAACUUUGGGAAGGACCAGUCACAUUGAUUGAAAUGGUGUGUCACUUAUCCACUAUAACAAGUUUAACCAAACAACAAUUGUUUUCAUAGAGGUGUUAAGAGAGUUGCCCUUCUACCUUUUCUCUAUUCUGUUGCUGUAAUCAACAUGGUUUUUUAUUAUUUUAUAUACAUUUCAUAAAAUAUAUUCAACAACAAAAAUCCUUUGUAAAAGAAAUUCCAACUGUAUUUUCUCAAAAAGCCAACUGUGUACUCUAUUAAAAACUAGGUUCAAGGGUGUGUG